AUGAAGAAAGAUGAACUUCAAAGUUCAUUGGAAGCUCAUGAACAAAGGAUGGACGAAAGAGGAAACGCUAAAGCCAAAGCGGAAGUUGCUUUGCAAGCCCGUUUCAACGAGAAGAAUAAGAAAUCGAAAGGGAAAUGGCCUUCUAGAGGAAAGAAGAAUUUCCAGAAUUUUGAUGGAAAAGAGUCACAAAAUUCAAGGAAAGGUGAGGGCAGUUCCAAAGGUGGUGGUCAAGACAACUACAGAGCGAAACCAAGGGAGAAUCACGCGGAUGAGGCUAAGGUUGCUAGGCAAGACGUGGAUUAUGAUAACACGGUUCUUGUAAUGAUCACAGAAGAGAACUAUGGCAUCAAAGAGGUGCUGGACAGCAACUGUGACAAGAGGAAGUUGCUGGACAACAACUAUUGCAGUGUAGAAAAAUCUGCAAUAACGCAUUCGGAGAAAAGCGCAAUGGUAACAGUUCGAGAUGGAGCCCAAUGGAUAAAUGAGUGGUACUUGGACUCAGGUUGUUCGACACAUAUGACGGGAAGAAAGGAUUGGUUCGUGAAGAUCAAUCAAGCCACGCGAAGUAGAGUGAAAUUCGCGGAUGACACGACAUUAGCGGCCGACGGUGUCGGUGAUGUUUUGAUCAUGAGAAGGGAUGGUGGUCAUUCCUUGAUCAAAGAUGUGUUGUACAUUCCAGGAAUCAAGUGUAAUCUCUUGAGUAUUGGCUAA